GCUAUUUCAUGUGAUUAUUCUGUUUAAAUAAAAGAUACACAAUUGAACUUCUAUCAUUUCGUUUAAAAUCAUCACACUGAAAAUGCUUUGUAAACUUAUUUUGUGUUUACUACCUGUUGCAUUUGCGCAAGUUCCGAUACCGCACAGACCUUUAGGAUUUGUGUACAAGUGGGGAAACGCCAGCGCUCCGGUAGAUCUAGAUGUAUACCUUGACAAUCUGUGCCCAGACAGCGCUGAAACCUUUCCAACAAUACAGAAAGUAGCGGAUUACUAUGGACCAAAACAACUCAGACUUCGAAUUCAUCUCUUCCCGUUACCGUAUCAUCACAAUUCAUUCUUAAUUGCAAUGGGAACACGUGCUGUUGACCAGCUGACGAAAACAAAUAUGACAUAUACCUGGGUCCAACAAAUAUACAACAAUAUUGUCAAAUUCUCCGAUGUGACAUUAACACAAGCACAAGUAGUCAUGAAAAUGACUGAACUUGCAAAAAGCAUGGGGAUGUUAGAAACAGAAUUCAUGAAACUGGCAACUGAUGAAAUGGUUAACGAAGAUUGCAGAAUUGCAUGGAAGUACGCAUGCUCAAGAGGAGUUACUGGAACACCUACAUUCAUGAUUAACGAUGUAGUUGUAGCUGCAGAUCCUGCAUGGACAGUCUCCGAAUGGACCAAAGUAGUCGAUCCUUUACUCAAAAAAUCAUCGGGGGUAUCAAGAACAAGAGAUUGUACCGGAAAAAAGAGAUGUGAAUAUCUUCCUGGGAAAAUAGAGUGUUGUAAACCAGGGGAAGCUUGUAUACCAAACGUUGGAUGCCGCUGCUGAUUUACAACUAUCAAUCGGUAAACCUCGGCAGAUUCCGGUAAUCUCCAAUAGACUUGGGUUAUAUGCCGAAGUGUGCCGAAUGUAAC